AUGGUCCUCAAUCAAGCCGACCCAGACCCCAUCCCAGACGCAGACAAUUCCACCACCUACACAGCAAGAACACCUCCCGUAACCGUUUGCGAGGAUGUGGACGAAGCCGAUGCCGAUGUCGACGCCAAGAUCAACAACAUCCCACCCAGCCUACCCCCAUCGUCAGUCCCCUGGCCAGGCUCGACAUUCAUCAUCCGCUCCAUCCCCUCGGGCCAGGCUCUCACCGUCCUCGACGGUAAAGUCACCCUAGCGCCUCUCGGCGGCCGCGGCUCCGUGCACUGGGCCUGCGUCGAGACCAAAGGCUGGCUCGGCUUCCGGAACGUCGUGACGGGCAAGUUCCUCGGCCACGACGGGAAGAAAGGCCGACUGUGCUGCUCGGUCGGGUGGCAUCGCGGGUGGGAGAGCUUUAGUCCCAGAUUGAGGCCGUCCGGUGGGUUCGUCUUGAUGAUGACGCAUUUCGAGAGGUUGUGGCCUGUCGGCGUGAAGGUGGAGCACGGGGUAGAGAGGCUGGCCAAGAUCGAGAAGCACGCAGGGGAUGCGAUGGUUUCGGUUUGGGAGUUCAUCAAGGUUUGA